GUAUAGUUAGGGUGCAAUGACCAGUGAGGCAUAUAGUAGGUUAGGUUCGAUUCCUUUCAGCGCUAUAUCUUUGAGUUAGAGUUUUCUAUACUGUUUUGUGACCAUUUGGAGAGGUAACGCUACGUCCGGGCAACAACAUUUCCCCACAACGCCGCGCGUCUACAAUAUUACAUCACUUGUUGCAGAACCAAACGUAUGAGUUGGACUGAUGCUGUCACCGCAAUUAUCAACAACCGCCAGCUAUAGUAUUGGUAGUCCAGAGAAACAACGACGAGAAAGCUAGGCUUCUGAUACGGUGUAAAUGACUUGUUACGUUAAAAGUCCACUGCGAGACGAAAUUUUGGUGAUUCGACAGCUUUUUGGCUACGCCGAUGCGCGUCAGCAUGAAGCCUCCCACCUCGGAGCCACAUUGCCGAAUUCUUCCAUGAAAGAUGUGCUUUUGAUAGGCAUCGAUGUCGACACAUAUCAAGGAUACGAGCGCCUUCCCACCAAUCCACAGCUCCACAUAGGUGUUUCUGUACUUGACACCCGAGUUCUGCAUCAGCUGGUACAUGAGGGCCUGGACUCGGUGCGUGAAACCGAUGUUGUGGAGUCAUAUCAGUUCGUCGUAGGUGACUCCAAGUACUGCAAGACAGCAUCUCGAAAGUUCAUGUUCGGAGAGUCGCAAUCGGUACCGCUAGGUGAAGUGAAGGCGCGGGUUGAAUCACUGGCUUGCCGGCUAGGUCGGGAUAGUAUCCUGGCUUUUCACGGUGAUCACAGCGAUCGAAAGGCCCUGGCGAAUCUUGACAUCCAACUACAACCUCUGUACAUCAUCGACAAUGUCAAGGCAGCCCAAUAUCCGCUGGACCUAUCCUAUCGGUUGGGACUCGAAGCAAUGCUCGACACUUUCGGUAUCCCAUAUACUAACUUGCACGCGGCUGGAAAUGAUGCCCACUACGCCCUUCGCUCCCUGUUGAUGAUUGCGGCUAUUGACGGUCAGAAAAUGAAAUCAGAGCCUACUCGUGAAGAUCUCUUCUCAACUCUUUCUGCCAUUGCUCGUAGUGCGAGGCCAAUUACUGCUGGGGAAAAAGCGAAAGCCUUUGAGGAAUCUCGUCGUCAAAUUAAGGCAGAGAAAGCGGCCCGCCACAAGACUCGACGGGCUGCAAGAACAGAAAGGAGAAGACAAGAACGUGAAGCUUGCGUUGAGAUAGAUGGUCAGUGUUCUCGUACAGAAGACGUCGAGGACGUGUAUAGAUGACCGAUAUUCCGUCACCAGCAACUUGCUGCCCCUCCCUUUCUAGCUAAUGGGCCUAGCUUACACCGUUCGAAGAGCCGUCGUUACAAACCCUCGUGCCCGCAUUGCCUGAAGGUGCUGAUCCCUACAUCGAUAGUUGACAGUACGUACAGACCACGGCAAUAGUACAGCUCUAGUACCAUUUGGUACUAUCGCGGUAUUUCAGUAAGAACCUCUGGUCCUGGGACGCUUAACGGAGACGGUUCACCACGACGGUCUUAGACUUCUGAGACCGUCUCAGAAAUUUGAACAUCUUUUGAGAGUCAUAUUUCGGAGACGGUCACCGCCUAAAAGUCGUCACGGACCAUUGAAAUCGUCUCAAAAUUCUAAAAAACGGUCUCCGAAUUCCCAGACGGUCAUAUACAGACCUAGCCAUACAGCCAAUCCAAUCAUCGCCACCUUCAAGGAUAAUCGCUGCAAGGAUCGAUCCAAUCCA